AUGGCUAUUGGUUACCAAAAAAUUACGCGUUUUGCUGAGUUGGUUAACAAGAGUAGGAUUUAUGAUGUGGAUAGUAGGGAGAGUGCUGCUCACUACAAGUCCUUAAGUGAUAAGAAGGGAAAAGUCACUGUAUUUAUGAGUGUACAGGUGUUAGCUCAAAUGUUUCAAGUGUGGCAAACACGUCACAAGGCUAAUGAGUGUAGAGUUGGUUCGAAUGUGACUUAUUAUAACUAUGGUGAGCAACGACACAUUUAUACUAGGAGUGACAAGACAAAGAAUGAGCAAGCGAAAGGGAAUGUGUUGUUUUCUGGUUCUGAGACUGCUACUGAUGAUAGGCUUAUUCAAGGUACGUGCUUUAUUAAUGGCACACCUUUGAAUCUUGUGUUGUUUGAUAUACGUGGAUGUAUGGUUAUAAAUAUUAUUGCUAUGUGUUCUAUGACUACUUCAUUUUUUUGUUUAAAUUGUCCGUUGAGUAUUUUUGGUAGAUAUUUUAGAAUUGAUCUAGUGUGUCUUCCGUUAGAUAAACUUGACGUUAUUCUCGGGAUGAAAUGGUUGGAAUAUAAUCGUUUUUAUAUCAACAGUUUUAACAAGAUGAUUAUCUUUCCUGAAAUUGGUGUUGAGGAAGUUUUUUUUUUGUCUGCCAAGCAAGUGGAUAAAUUUGUGCAAGAUGGUGGUGUGUUGUUUAUGUUGUUGGCAACUUUGGCUAUCUGUGAGAACUGA